CAAAACUCAUGUAUUUCAGUGGCAAACCCGUGAAUAACUCACUAUUUAUUGAGUGUUUAAGCAUUAGCUGUAAUAAUCGUCUGAUAAGUAGUUUUUCUUUGAAACCUUAUGUUUACAUAAAGUUUUCGUAACUCUAUUAUCGGCAGUGACUUAAAGAAUAUUCUAAAACGAUGCAACGGAGCGAGAGCUGUGGACUGGUAGGUGGGCACCGGCCCCCAUGGAUCAGAGAGUUUUUUGCUGAGUUUUUCGGUACUUUUUUCAUUGUGUGUAUAGGUGAUGCGGCCGUAGCAAAUUAUGUACUUAACAAGGAUAAUAAAACUGGCGUGGAUCAUUUUGCUGUAUGCUUUGCAUUUGGAGUUGGCGUACUUAUUGGCAUUUCUAUAUCGGCUAAGAUCUCAGGUGCUCACCUUAACCCGGCGGUUACAAUAGCACUGGCAUCAUUGAGAAAGUUCCCUGCUCGCAAAAUACCCCACUACUUACUGGCUCAAUAUUUUGGCUCAUUUAUGGCCGCAUUUGCCGUAUUCUGUGCCUAUUAUGAGGGUAUCAACGCGUACGACACCGGUAUCCGAGUCCCCUAUAAGGAGUUUGCAAACACUACCGGUGCCACGGGUGGCAUAUUCUCCACAUACCCGGCCGCCCACGUGUCGACCACCGGUUCCCUCGUGGACCAAAUAUUGGCCACAUUUUUACUCAUGUUUUCAAUUAUGGCUAUCACUGAUCAACGCGGUAUUAAUACGCCAAAACACCUGGAGCCUACGGUUUUUGCACUGGUUAUUACGGGUAUAUGCGUGGCGUUUGGGCUCAACUGUGGCGCAAUAUUGAAUCCUGCCAGAGAUUUAGGACCCAGGGUGUUUCAGAUGUUAGCCGGUUACGGGUUUAAUGCGUUCAAGCCGAUACAAUGGCAGUACUGGUUCACGGCGGGAAUACUAGGGCCACAUAUCGGCGCAAUACUGGGCGCCUGGAGCUACGAGUGCACCAUCAAUGGGAAGUCAUACAGGAGUGACGAGGAUGAGGAGGACAGGCGUAUGGACGAGGAAAAGGAGUAUAAAAUGAGCCAAAUAUACCACAACAACAGCCCGGCCGUAGAGUUGCCCCAUAAGUGCAAUGCGAACCCUAUGGGACAGGUAUCUCCCGGCGAGCGCCGGCAGUAUUCGCAGCCAUUGAUGUCCAACAAUGUGACCGAUUAUAUCGAGGAGGAGGAGGACCUGGAGGUGGGGUCCGACGACCAGCCGAACACAGAUAUCGCAGAAUAUUCUGUGAAUAUUCCGCGAAAUAGCGUCGAUUUCGGCAAAACUAAAUUCAGUAUAGUCAACACCCCUCUCAACCCCCACCGGACACGGAUCCCCACCUCCACCCUCACCGCCACUAUGGGCUUAUGUCACGGGCUGGGAGGCGCCAAAUGUCGGCUCCUAUUCAUGCUGUCACUGACGGCCACCUUCUUCCUGAUCGAGAUCAUCGUGGGGUACAUCACGAACAGUAUGGCUCUGGUGGCCGACAGCUUCCACAUGCUGUCCGAUGUGGUGGCACUCGUCAUAGCGUAUGUGUCGGUGCGGAUGUCGCCCCGCAAGUGGUCGAAGAAUACGUUCGGGUGGGCGCGGGCCGAGGUGUUGGGCGCACUCAUAAACGCGGUGUUCCUGUGCGCCCUCUGCUUCUCCAUUCUCGUCGAGUCACUGAAGCGGUUCUACGACCCCGAGGAGAUCCAUCAGCCGCUGCUCAUACUGUGCGUGGGGGUCGUCGGCUUCGUGGUCAACCUCAUUGGGCUCGUCCUGUUUAAGGGUACGUACGGUUCGCCCCCUUCCCACGUGUGUAUGUGUGCGGGUGUGGGAGUGUCGGGUCACGGCCACGGGCACAGUCACGGAGGAGGAGGCGGUGGUGGGGGCGGCGGCUCCGGUAGCGCUAACCACAACCACCAGCACAACCAUCACCAACACGUGCCGGCGCACGACGUGGACGUCGACGACGACGAGGAGGAGGACGACGUGAACGACAACCACAUACCGGCGCGCGAGGAGCGGUCGAGCACCGACUCGUCGUCCACCGUAACGCCCACCGCGACCGUCACCUCAGCAGCACCGGUAGCCUCGGCCAAUGGCGGGACAGUGAGUAAGGGCGGGCAGAUGAACAUGCACGGGGUGUUCCUCCAUGUGUUGGCCGACGCGCUCGGCUCCGUCAUCGUCAUCAUCAGCGCCUCCAUCAUCGCGUUCACCGACUGGGAGUACAGCCGCUACGUAGACCCGGCGCUCAGCCUAUGUCUGGUGUGCAUCAUAUUUCGGAGUACGUGGCCAUUGCUGGUCGAGUCGGCCAUGAUUUUGCUGCAGACGGUGCCCACGCAUAUACAGGUCGACUCGCUCCAGAAGAAGCUCCUGAACGAUAUCGAUGGCGUGCUGGCUGUGCACGAGUUCCACGUGUGGCAGUUGGCCGGCGACCGUAUCAUAGCCUCGGCGCACAUCCGGUGCCGCAAUCUCAUCGAUUACAUGCAAAUCGCCGAAAAGGUGAAGGAGUUCUUCCACAACGAGGGCAUCCACUCGACGACAAUACAGCCCGAGUUCGUGGAGCCGGCGGUCGACCCGCGCCGUACGGUCGGGCAGCUCGUGGGCCACGACUACGACACCGGUGACGACUACCCGGGCAUUGGCGGUGGUGGUGGUGUUGGUGGAGGGGCUGAGUAUCAGCGCCGGCAGUACGCGAAUAGCAACAGCUGUUACCUGGACUGCCCGCCGGAGACUAACUGCGCCGCACAGACGUGUUGCGGACCACAGCAGCGACGUACCAGUCCGGAGACGACGGACCCGUCCGGUGGACAGUCGGUUGAGGACGGGCUGGGAGGCGGUGGGGGACAGUCGUCGCCACCACUGCAGGCGGUGUUUCGCCGCAAUCGCAAGAAUAACAGCUCCUCAGCGGCCGACGUCGCGGCUACCGAUCCGGACAGGGAGUCGUUGAAUCAGUUCUACUCCGUGUCCGUCACGACACCGAUGAGCGCACCCGACGGUACCGGCGCUGACGACGCACACGAUAGGGGUCUCUCGUAAUCAGUUGUUUAGUUUGGUUGUACGGACUACCGGUGCUCUCAAGCGACUCAUCAUAUCAUACGUGGGAGCAUAGGGUUAGGAGUGUGUGUGUGUUAUGUCGCCCGAGACUUAGGAUUCAAUUAAUUAAUUGUUUUUUAGAUUUAAUUUAAUAUAAGAAAAGUUUUUGUUCACUUAAUUUAAUGACACAUUUAUAGCCG